UUCUUUCUUUAGGAGUCGAUUCAUGACUCGUAUGAGAGAGAGAGACUAGUCAUGAGUCGGCUCUUUCUUUCUUGAAGCCGAUUCAUGACUCGUAUGUGAGAGACUAGUAAUGAGUCGGCUCUUUUCUUUCUUUAGGAGCCGACUUAUGACACACGUGUGUGUGUGUGUGUGAGAGAGAGACUAGUCAUGAGUCGGCUCUUUUCUUUCUUUCAGAGCCGACUCGCAUGUAUGAUCCGGAUUGGUUUUUUUUAAAUGUCCUCAUUUUAUUAUGGCGUUUCACUGAAGGGUUAUUUAAUUAAGACAUUUCGCAGAGUCCCUGAAAGAGUCGGCUCCUAAGUUUGAGCCGAGCCAAAUGAUUCGACUCGGCGAAAAGAACCGAAAUUCCCAUCACUAUCACACACAACACGGAGUUUGAACCGCCGCAUCAGCAUCGUUUACUGGACGCUGUGAACUUUCUAAACAUUCAGAGUGACUUGAGACGUGGAAGAAAUCCGCAUUGUGUCGUGUGAUUUCAUACAGAUUUUAAAUCCACAGAAUCGCUUUAAAUUUACUUCCGAUAAAAGCAGGUCUGAUGAGGAUACCAAGCUAGCUCCCAAAAGGUCUCCAGAACAAGAAGUAUAACACAAAGCGCCAACCGUUUUCCCAGAAAUAUAUCAAACUAGCAACAUAUGUGUAUCCUGUUUCCUGACUUUACAACAAAAGCCAUUUUUUGAAACAGACUGUGUGUAUUUUUCCAUUUGAAAACCUGAUAGCGUCUCCCAAUCCCAAAUCGUCCACCUUGUGAAUGUAUCGAGCACUUUACUGAAGGCAUUCCUACCUCUCGGAAACAAUCUCGACUCCAAAUCCAUUUGAAAACCAGAUACACGUUAUCUAUCUCACACCGCAGCCUUUAGUGUUGAGACCUAAUUCACUGUACCUCUGCGGAGACUGGUUCACUUGUAACUCCUAGUCCUCAGCUGAUCCAUAGCAUAGAUAGAGUUAAUAGGACUGUGUAUACAUAGCAUUCAUCCAUUGUUGAGAAAUUAUAUCUAAAAUAAAUAAAUAACUCUGCCCAUACACAUCAAACUCCGAUUCAAUGGAGACUUGUCGCACAGUUUCUGUUCUCACUCUCACGAUUAGCUGAGAUUUGAAAGGUCGUCGAUUUCCAUCCAAACUGUCACCCUGGCGGAUCCCCAGCAGCCCCGGGAAGCCAUGGCGUCCUCAGUGCGCUUCACUGUGACGCCGACCAAAGCUGAGGAUGUCCCAGGCCUGUCAGAUGCAUCGCCUGAUACUGGCUCGCGCGACAGUGGUCAAGUACGCUUCGGCUCAAGAGAGAGUGUCAGCAACAGCGAAGACACGCCGGACCGAAGCCACCACGAACAUGAUGGAAAUUCUAAGAUCUCCAGCGUGUACAUCAAUAACAGUCACAACAUUGAUGACGAUGAUUUCUAUGACCGAAACCUGGCACUGUUCGAGGAAGAGAUGGACACUCGGCCAAAAGUUUCCUCCCUUCUCUCGCGUCUGGUCAACUACACGAACCUCACACAGGGUGCCCGAGAGCACGAGGAGGCUGAAAGCAUUGGAGAGAAGCGCAAAUCUAGCAAGUCUCCUCAGAUGGGCACAUUCAUGGGCGUAUACCUGCCUUGCCUGCAAAACAUAUUCGGCGUCAUCCUCUUUCUCCGGCUCACCUGGGUCGUGGGCACAGCUGGAGUUCUGCAGGCGCUGUGUAUCGUCUUCAUCUGCUGCUGCUGCACCAUGCUGACUGCUAUCUCAAUGAGUGCUAUUGCCACUAAUGGGGUGGUACCAGCUGGGGGUUCGUAUUUUAUGAUCUCACGUUCGUUGGGCCCAGAGUUUGGGGGUGCAGUCGGUUUGUGUUUUUACCUCGGCACCACCUUUGCUGGGUCCAUGUACAUCCUCGGAGCCAUCGAGAUCUUGCUGAUGUAUAUAGCGCCAUCAGCUGCCAUCUUUUACUCCCAUCAGCCAGAGGGCGAAACAGCAGCCAUGUUGAAUAACAUGCGCAUCUACGGCUCCAUUUGCUUGCUUCUGAUGUCACUUCUGGUCUUUGUGGGAGUGAAAUACGUCAACAAAUUGGCGUCGCUGUUUCUGGCCUGCGUCAUCAUUUCUAUCCUCUCCAUCUAUACUGGUGCUCUGGUCUCUGCCUUCAGUCCACCUUCUUUCCCAGUGUGCAUGCUGGGGAACCGGAGCAUCUCUUGGCAUGAGCUUCGUGAUGAUCUGUGUGCGAAAACUAUUCUGAUCGAUUACAACGUUAGUGAAAGCUUCAACAGCACAGAAGCCCCUCCUAUUACUCCAUUAAUGGUGAAGAAGACAACAGAUCUCUGGUCGCGUUUUUGUUAUUCAUCGGAUCCGAACGCAGAGUGUGACAAGUAUUUCACUCACAACAACGUCACGAAGAUUGAGGGAAUACCUGGACUUGCUAGUGGACUUAUUGCAGAGAACAUUUGGAGCUCAUACCUCAGUAAAGGAGAUCUUCUGGAGCAAGGUUCAAACCCCACCCCCAGCUCAGUCUCCACAUCCACCAGCCACAAAUUUCCUUACAUCUUUGUCGAAAUCACCACAUCCUUUACACUGUUGGUGGGAAUCUUCUUCCCGUCUGUGACAGGUAUCAUGGCAGGCUCAAAUCGUUCAGGGGAUCUGAAGGAUGCCCAGCGCUCUAUUCCUAUUGGAACUAUUCUCGCCAUUCUCACAACUUCUCUCGUCUAUCUGAGCAGCGUGGUGCUGUUUGGGGCCUGUGUGGAGGGAGUGCUUCUCCGAGACAAGUUUGGAGACUCCGUGAAAGGGAACUUGGUUGUAGGCACCCUUGCGUGGCCCUCCCCCUGGGUCAUCGUGAUUGGAUCUUUUUUCUCGACGUGUGGCGCGGGCCUUCAGUCACUGACCGGGGCCCCGAGGUUGCUGCAGGCCAUCGCGAAAGAUAACAUCAUACCCUUCCUCAGAGUGUUUGGUCACGGGAAAGUGAAUGGAGAGCCGACAUGGGCUCUGCUGCUGACUGCGUUCAUCGCCGAACUGGGCAUCCUCAUCGCGUCACUGGAUUUAGUCGCCCCUAUUCUUUCCAUGUUUUUCCUGAUGUGUUAUCUGUUUGUGAAUCUGGCAUGUGCUCUUCAGACUUUGCUGAGGACCCCCAACUGGAGACCUCGUUUCUCCUAUUAUCACUGGACACUCUCGUUUUUGGGGAUGGUCAUUUGCCUGGCGCUAAUGUUCAUUUCAUCGUGGUACUAUGCAAUCGUUGCCAUGGUGAUCGCUGGCAUGAUUUAUAAGUACAUUGAGUAUCACGGGGCAGAGAAAGAGUGGGGAGAUGGAAUUCGAGGUCUCUCUCUAAGCGCAGCCCGCUUUGCAUUGCUCAGACUGGAGGAGGGGCCACCACACACCAAGAACUGGAGGCCUCAGCUACUGGUCUUGCUGAAGCUAGAUGAAGACGCUCACGUCAAAUCUCCACGCCUUCUGACAUUUGCUUCUCAGCUGAAGGCUGGGAAAGGUUUAACUAUCGUGGGGACAGUCAUUACCGGAAACUUCCUUUACACUUACGGAGAGUCGCUUGCCGCUGAACAGACACUGAAGCAUCUAAUGGAAAAGGAGCGGGUGAAGGGAUUUGUGCAGUGCAUCGUGGCCCAAAAGCCACGUGAAGGCAUCAGUCACAUGAUCCAGUCAAGCGGUCUGGGAGGUAUGCGGCCAAACACGGUGGUAAUGGGUUGGCCACACACCUGGAGACAGAGUGAAGACCCGCAAAGCUGGAAGACCUUCAUCAACACCGUGCGCUUGACGACAGCAGCCCACCUCGCUCUACUGGUGCCCAAGAACAUCUCUCUCUUUCCCACGAACAGUGAGCCAAAUACAGACGGUUACAUCGAUGUGUGGUGGAUCGUGCAUGACGGAGGCAUGCUCAUGCUGCUGCCCUUCCUACUGCGGCAACACAAGGUUUGGCGUAAGUGCGGGAUGCGUAUCUUCACUGUGGCUCAGAUGGAGGAUAACUCCAUUCAGAUGAAAAAGGACCUGGCCACCUUCCUCUACCACCUGCGCAUAGAGGCUGAAGUCGAGGUUGUAGAGAUGCAUGACAGUGAUAUCAGUGCGUAUACAUAUGAGAGAACUCUGAUGAUGGAACAGCGAUCUCAAAUGCUCCGCCAGAUGCGCCUCUCCAAAUCGGACCGAGAUAGAGAGGCACAGCUGGUAAAGGACAGGAACUCAACGCUGCGCUUGACGAGCAUCGGCUCCGAUGAUGACGACGAAACCGACGGAGGUGGUGGGACAGAAAAAGGGGGCGGCGGCAUCUCUGAGCACAGGCGUGUCCACAUGACCUGGACUAAAGACAAAGCACUGGAACUGCGUGCACAAGCGCACAUUCCCUCUGGCUGCAGCACACCCGAGGGCUUCAGAGACAUGCUCAGUAUCCGGCCGAAUCAUUCCAACGUGCGGCGCAUGCACACAGCAGUCAAACUCAACGAGGUCAUUGUAAAUAAAUCCCAUGAUGCCCGGCUGGUGCUACUCAACAUGCCAGGACCGCCCAAGAACCCGGAAGGAGACGAAAACUAUAUGGAAUUUUUGGAGGUUCUCACCGACGGCUUGGAGCGCGUCCUGUUGGUCAGGGGUGGAGGAAGUGAGGUCAUCACUAUUUAUUCUUGAUUGCCAGUAAAAGUCAUUCAGCUAAUUAUUAACUAAACUGUCGAGCAGAACGCAGUGUGGAUGAUACGUCAUUGGCUGUGUCUCAAAAACGCGCCGCCUACUUCAUCAAGCCCCACCCACCGUCCACAUCAGCCUGUGUUCGCCAGCACCAGUUCUUCAGCACUUGUCACCAUUUCCAUGGGAAAGACACGAUGGUUAUGAGCGUGUGUAGAAGCGCUAUGUGUCGGACCAAUCGACGAGAAACACACACACAUUACACAACGGGACAGUGAGUGUGUGCGUUAUGGAUUGACUCAGGGGUUGUUCUAGUUCUAGUCGAUGGACCUUGAAUGUGUGUGUAAUGUGUGGUAUUGUUAGGACUGUUUCAAUGUUCCCGAUUGGAUGAUUAUUGUUAAGACGUUGUUCAAGGCAGGCUCAGCCCCCUCUGUGUUUGUGAUUGAUGAGUGACGAGCGUGGAAGGACUGAGAAUUCAGGACGACAGUUUUUCCUAGCAAUAUGACACAGGCGUCGUUGCACAUCCCGUCAGUGUUUCAGCAUGCUAUCUUAGUGUGUCAUUUAUUAAUGUUGCAUGUUAGUGUGUACGAGCGAGGGCGAGAUCCAUUUAAGAUCCCUUUCCUGGAAUACGCGCUUAAUUAGUUUUGAUUUUUAUAUUUCCUUUGAGUAGCCAGAAUGGGCUUUCAGCCUUUCCAUUGACAUUCCUGCACUCUUAGAGUAAUUGUACUGUAUUUAUGGUCCUUGCUGUUUUUACGUGUGCAGAUCACCUGCCCCUCGCAGCGCUUUCAAAGUAGGUUUGAAGACAAAAAAAGUUGUUCUUCGCAGAUUGUCUGUAUAAUUUUUUUUAACGUGCAGAGAUGUUUUCUCUGUGCUCCUCAUGUCUUUGGUUGUAUUUUUAAAGCAAAGACUAGUUUUUGUUAUUUCUAGCUGCUGCUGUUGUUUUUUUACAUUCCAUUAAUAUUUCAAAAUAAAACGGUGCAAGUUGAUCAGUGGGAAAUAAACUGAUUUUGGAAGGA